AUGCGUUGGUUUACCACUACCCUCAGUGCUGUGGCGCUCAUCGGCUCUGCGGGGGCCCAAAUUCAAUCAACAUACUGCGACAUCCUAGGUCGUUGCUUUGCUUCUUAUACUAACGAGGGCGGCAUCAUUUACGGCAUCGCCAUACCUGAAGGUACUCCCACGGGUCAGCCUGGCUACUUCACUCCUCCCCCUUACGAAGACACGGAGUACACAGUUCUCCCUGGGACUGUUGUCAAUGCUACACACUAUUCCGUCACGGCUCUUUGCCGUGGGUGUACAUACUGGGCACCAUAUGGAAACGACCCAACAUCUUUGGACCCCAACGGAGAAAACUACUUGGCGUUUGCUUACUCUGGCGUACCUGUUGAUAACCCAGCAGCCAACGACACAACUUUCGGUAUCCAUGAGCGCGUGGGACACUGGAUGCACAACUUUCAGCCGGCACAGGCAGUCGACUUUGAAUCCUGGGCAAGAGACGGCGGUGAUGGCGAAAGUCCUACCAGCACCAUCACCCAAACUACUCUGUUGACAACCUUCUCCACAUCCACUUUGCACAGUACCACGACCCUCAGGACUACUGUCACCAGGACGGGUGUUCCAUCCAGCAGCGCAACGGCCACUGUCUCAUCUUCGCGUACCACUGCGACAUCGUCCUCCAUCGUGACCAAUGCUCCUGUGCCUCCAGUCCCCAGCUCAUGCGCCGGCGUGAGCGCCUUCAGAUUCGGAUAUCAGACUGUGAGUGGCUGGAAGGCCGUCAAGCUCGCUGGAUCUUUGACCGGCCCUCGCGGGUUGGCUAUCGACUCUGAAGGUAACCUACUCAUUGUGCAGUCGGGAAAAGGUGUCACGGUUCACACCUUUGGUGCCGACGGCUGCCUCUCUUCCACAAAGACCCUGAUCAGCAACCCCUCACUCAACCAUGGCAUCGGCCUCACACCCGACGGUAAGACUUUGUACGUUAGCUCAAUGACUACGGCAUGGUCGUACGCCUACGACGCAAAAUCUCAAAGUAUAAGUGCGCAGACUGUGGUUGUCAAAGGUAUGCAGCAGGGAGGUCACCCGACGCGCAACCUCAUUAUCCCGCCGGCGAAGCCGCACCUCCUCGUCAUACAACAAGGCUCCUACAGCAACUUUGACUAUGAAUCGCUCAAUAAGGCAGUGGCGCGUGCUGUAGUCAAAGUGUUUGACAUGCGUAGUGUGCCAUCUGGAGGUUACGCGUACGCCUCCCAGGGCUGGUUCCUUGGCUGGGGUCUGCGCAACGAAGUGGCCCUCGCAGCGGACGGAAACAGUGCGAUUUGGGGAGUAGAGAACAGCGGUGACGACUUCGCCCGCACAGUCAACGGUCAGAGCUACGAUAUCCAUAACGACAACCCAGCAGAAGAGCUGAACUUCCUCGGUGAUCCUUCUCAGCCGAAUGACCAGUGGUAUGGGUACCCGACGUGCUUCUCGGUCUGGGAGCCCUCCGUCAUCACAGACAAGAGCUUCAAGGCUGGCCAGCAAUUCGUUGUGGCCCCAAACAGCACUUAUAAUGACGACACUUGCGACCAACGCUCUGUAGCCCCCAGGCUUUCGAUUCAAGCACAUAGUGCGCCCAUCGGCGCCAUUUUCGACAGCACAUUUCAAAAUCUGUACGUCACGCUGCAUGGCUCGUGGAACAGGUCACCUGCUACGGGCUUCAAGGUGUCCGUGGUGCCUUUUACCAAGCUCGCCAAUGGUAGUUAUGACCCGGUUGCAGCAGCAGAUUCAAAGACUGGUUACACGGAUGUUUUCUGGAGUACCAACGUCGGUAGCUGCACGGGGUCGACUUGCUUUAGACCUUCCGGCAUUGUCUUUGAUAAAGGAUUCUCGAGGUUGUUUGUAGCUAGUGACAACACCGCGGAGGGAGAACUUUUCAUGCUUGUUAAGUCUUGA